AUGCGUCUAAGGGCGAUAUCUGAGAAUAAAAAGCCGGCUGGAAUGAGAAAUAUGGGAAGAGAUCUAUCAACUAUGAAAGAAAUGAUCGCCUUUUGGGGAAAGAAAGAUGAGCCAGUUAAAUUGCCUCCUAUAAAUAUAAUAGAAAGAUCAGACUUCUAUGAACAUAAACCCUAUGAAAUCAAGUUCAAAAUCUACUAGAAUUGCUUUGCUUACAACAAUCUGAUACAUAAAGAAUUUGAGCUCCUGUACAUCACUUCUCCAGAUCAAAUGAAUGAUUCCUUUAUAGAAAUUGAGUAUAAAAUGUUUGUGUCUGAUUGUUACUUUGGCAGACCCACAUUUACAAACACUGAGUUCAGCACUUAAAUACAAUAUUAUGUUGGCUAAAUUGAUAAAACAAUUAGUUGCAUGUAUCAAAUUGAGAACAUGCCUGAACAUCUAUUGAGUUCUUCAAAAAGUAUUCGAUCCAUGUUUUAUCAUUACUAUUUUAGUUCCAAACAUGAUGGUUUACCCUUCAUUCAAGUGCUCAAAACUCCAAUAGUAUUUAGAGAGAAAAAAACCCUGAGAUUUAGAACAAUGAACACUUCAAUAUCAGAAUAAUCAUAAAAUGGACUAUUAACUUUAGUGUACAUAACAGAGUAGUAUGUACCUCUCUAAAAUAUAUAUUUGAAAAAAUAGGAAAAGGGUAGAUUUUCAUAUGAUGAAAAAUUACAUUUUGCACUUAAAAUUAUGUAACUCGUUAAUGCAAUUGAGAGAUUGGGAAUAGCAGUUCUAGAAUUAAAUAUGGAAUCAAUAUUAAUAACUAAGGGAGGGUAAUUUAAGAUUUCAACAGCAAAUCUAAUUCCCUUUAUUUAAGUUGCAGCUUAUAAAGAAGUAUGGUCAAUGUAUGAUGACUAUGAAAAAGUUUAUACUCAUUUAUCAUUACACAAAACCAUUAAACCACCCGAAGUAAAGAGAAGAGAACCCAUUAAAGAUUUUAGAGCAGUGACAAGAUACAAUAUUGGACUAAUCAUUCUAUAACUCUAUUUUGAUAUCCCAAACAUUCAAUACAUAGAUGAAUAAAAGAUGUAAAGUUUGUUAUUUCAACUCAUUCCAAAAAGACAAUCUGGAAUAGAUGACGAUUAAAUUGAUAAAUCUAAUAAGUCCAUUCAAUUUGAAUAAACCAAUCCUUUAGGUGCUCUGAUUUUGAGAUUCCUAUCUAUAGAUCCUGUUAAAAGAUUAGAAUUUUCAUUAAUUCAAUUAAUGCAAGUAGAGUACGAUAUAGAGAAUUAUGAUUUUACUGAAGAUAUGCAACAUUUCUUUUCAAAUUAUAAUGCUUAUUACAGACCACCAUCAUAAUCGAGCCAUAAAAGCAAACAAUCAAAUCAUUUUGAUUAAUAAAAUAGUUUUGUAUCUGGAGAUAAUAAUAAUAUAUCAUCUUUUGUAAAAUAACUAUAUUAACCUACAAAUAAUAGUCAGGAUGAUAUGCCUGCAAUAGCAUUAAAAAUGCCUGAAUUAACACAAAGGAGCAGGAAGAAGAUAGGAGCACCUUCAUAUCAAUCAUAUGUCAGAUCUAAAAAUUUAAUUGCAGAAGUCCAUUUCAACCUUUAUCUAUAUCAAAAUGCUCUUGAUUAAUGGUAGUAUUUACUACCGGAUGUAGAAGAGUGUUUUGGUGAUACAUCUCCUGAAUGCGAAUAUAUCCUUGAGAGAAUUUGGGUGUUGGCUUAACAUCUUGCAUAGGAAAGGGUAUUGGAGUAGAUUAGUUAAAGAUACGUAACAAUAAGAAAGUCAAAUGUGAGGGGAGUUAAAGAAUAAUUGGAAGUUGCUCAUCUCCUCUAGGAUUAAGCCAGAGUCAAGGCUCUUAUACGACCUAAUGAGGCUGUGGAUCUAUAUCAUCAAUCUUCAAAGUAAUUUUAGAUGGUUAAAGGUAAGUUUAAUAAUUAAUCUGCUUACAAUUCCAUGUAAAUUGGGUUGAUUUAUUUAAAAUUAAUGAACAUCGAAAAAGCUAGGAGUAAUCUAGAAUUUGCUGUCUACAUCUUUACUAAAAUGGAAAAGUCGUCUAUUGUUCCAUUUUUGAUAGCCACAACAUGGCAAAUUGAUGAUGAAGAGGUUGUCAAAGAACCAGUUAAUAAAAUUAAAUUUUUUCAAUCUCUUUUUCAUUUGGGUUCAUUUUAUUUCAACUUUGAAAGUUAAUAGAAAGCUUAUGGAGUUCUUUAAGCAGCAAAGGACGUAAUGGAUGAAUUAAAAAAAGGUGAGCUUUAUCCUGAAUUAUUAAGAUUGUGUAAAUCUGAAGUAAUUACGUUGCACACUGAACUUUCAAAAUGUCUAAUGAGUAACAAUGAAGUUGAUGAUGCACUUAAAUUGGUCGAGGAAGGAAUACAAUAAAACACAGAUCAACUUGAGAUAAAAUCAUUGAUUGAUAUCAAAGUGGAAAUAUUGGUAGCUCAGGGGAAAAUAUCAGAUGGACUAGCUAUACUUGGAUUAUGGGCUAGGUAAUUUUAGAGAUCCAAUAAUUUGACUAUGGAAACUGCCUAUCUUCUCAAAGAAGUGGGGGAUUUAGCUUACAAACUUAAAGAUUUUAAUGUUGCCUUUAGUUUCUAUUCCGAAGCCUUAGCUAUUUAUUAAAAAGGAAAGGUAAAAGGUUUAAAACAAAAAAAUGAAAUAUAACAAUACAUCUAGGAUAUCGAAGAGAAUCUUUAACAAAUUUUCUAAAUUUAAAAAAUGUGA